UCACAAGAAUUGAAAAGGCCGAUUUGUUAUGAUUUAAAUUACAUUCAUUUUUUUUCGCAUUUAAAAUUAAUUAAUAUAGUUAUGUAACAUUACAUUAACAUUCAAUAGACUUUGUAAACAUGGAACAGGUGUACGCGCUCGGUGUAUCGUGCAUUGAACUCGUACAAUAUUGGCUGGGAGACUAUGGGGAAUAUUUUAAAAUUGUCAAUCAUUUCUCCAAUCCGCACUAUGUUAUGGAAGUAUUGUUCCCCCUUAUCACCAUUUUGGACUCGGUAUUUGCUUCUCAGCUGAUCGUGAGUAUGUCUUUCGGGGGCUGGAUGAAUGCCGUCCUGAAAUGGUGGCUUUUAGAAGACCGUCCGUAUUGGUGGGUCAGAGAAACUACAUUCUAUAGCAACACAAAUCGGCCACAUUUACACCAAACAUCGCAAACUUGUGAGACCGGUCCCGGUAGCCCUUCUGGUCAUACAACCACUGCUGCAUCUGUGCUGAUUCUAGCUGUGAUGUGGAUGUCACACAUAUGUAAUGAUAGGAAGUGGAAUCCGUGGUGGUGGAAAUACUUCACAUAUCCGUUGUUUGGGUUCGCCCUCAUAUCUGUAAUGUUUGCGAGGCUGUUUGUUGCGACACACUUCCCCCAUCAAUGUUUAUUGGGUGCAUUAUUGGGUUUAUUCCUAGCUCCAGCCCUGUGUAUAUACGUGACUGAUCCGUUUAUAUGGCGGUACAGCACUCACGCCACCAUGCCAACGAGUCAGGCGGUGAUGUGGCACGUGGUUAGUGCUAUAAUCGCCAUAUUGAUCAGUGUUGUCACUUAUUAUAGUCUCGUGUUGUGUGGUAUCGAUCCACACUACACGGUUAAAUUGGCGUUCCGUUGGUGUGAGAACCCGGACAGCAUCCACGUGUCCACGACGCCGAUGUUCGCCCUCGUGCAGUGCACCGCGAACCUGCUCGGCUGCGCGCUGUGCGUGUCGCCCGCCCUCGCCGAGUACCGUCACAACACAAAGAACAGAUCGCUUAUAAUAUCGAUAUUCGCAACCGCCGCAUCGAUAUACGCUUUCAAACAACUCGAGGAGAACAUCACUAGAGCUAGCGCGUUUAAGUUCUAUACGUUACAAUUUAUAUUAAACAUGGCGAGACCAGCUUUGCUGUUGAGAUUGGUUCCAGCACUGGCUCUGUGGCCAUACUCUGGUCAAAUUAAAGAAAAAGUUAAUUAAUAGAUUAUAUAUAUUAUAAAGCUAUAGACACACAAAUUAUUUAAAAAACGACGCUUCUAUUUAAAAAAAGAACGUUUUAAAGAUUAGUAAAAUGUCACAAAAAUGA